AUGGCUUCCCAGGAUGAGCAUUACGGCGACCCAUUCGCUGACCGUCCGCGCCACACUCACUUCCAAGAGCCUGCGCGUACUUAUGACCACCCCCAGGGCUCUCCUUUCGAGAGUACCACUACCCUUCCUCGCGAAUUUGGUACCAAUUAUCCCGACGACGAUUACUCGGAAAAACUUCCUUUGACAGGUGGUGAACCCUACAAUGCUGGUGGUUUCUACCCUCCUGGUCCUGUUGAUCCCUCAGCCUAUGGCGACCCUUAUGUCCGUCCUCCGUCGGCCCAGUCGACGGGUGCAGAGACGGCUUGGAGACGUCGUCAGACCAUCAAACGGGGGGUUACUCGCAAGGUUAAACUGACGAAGGGUAACUUCAUCACCGAAUACCCUGUUCCUACUCCCGUCUACAACGCGAUCGAGGCAAAAUACUCCAAGACCAAUACCACUGAGUUCUCUCACAUGCGGUACAGCGCAGCUACUGUUGACCCGGAUGAUUUUUCCGAGGCUAACGGGUGGUCUUUACGCACAAAGAUUUAUGGCCGACAAACAGAUUUGCUCAUCGCCGUAACAUCCUACAAUGAGGACAAGACGCUGUAUGCCCGUACAUUACACGGUGUCAUGUUGAACAUUCGCGACAUCUGUAGGACAAAGCAGUCCAAGUAUUGGAGGCGCGUUGCCGAAGAGGGCAUGCCUGGCUGGCAGAGAAUCGUCGUUGCUUUGAUUGUCGAUGGUCUGGAACCGAUGGACAAGAGUGUGCUUGAUAUCCUUGCAACUGUGGGUGUUUACCAAGAUGGUGUGAUGAAAAAGCAAGUCGAUGGGAAGGAUACCGUGGCACACAUUUUUGAGUACACGACUCAACUUUCUGUUGACGCCACUCCUCAACUGGUGUUGCCUCACGACAACGAUCCCAACAACCUUGUUCCGGUCCAAAUUAUCCUCGUCUUAAAAGCCAAGAACCAGAAGAAGAUCAACUCGCACCGUUGGCUGUUCAAUGCCAUUGGCAGGAUGAUCAAUCCCGAGACUUGUGUUCUUAUCGAUGCGGGAACAAAACCCGGUCACAAGUCAAUUUAUUAUCUUUGGGAGGCCUUCUAUAACGAUCCUCAUCUCGGUGGUUGUUGCGGUGAAAUUCACGCGAUGAUUGAAGGGGGAAGGAAGCUUCUCAACCCUUUGGUGGCUGCUCAGAAUUUCGAGUAUAAGAUGUCCAACAUCCUUGAUAAGCCACUGGAGAGCAGCUUUGGUUACGUGUCUGUGCUGCCCGGUGCGUUCUCUGCAUACCGGUACCGUGCAAUCCUGGGCCGCCCUCUGGAGCAGUAUUUCCAUGGCGAUCACUCUCUGGCCGACCGCCUUGGCUCUAAGGGUAUUUAUGGCAUGAAUAUCUUCACAAAGAAUAUGUUCUUGGCUGAAGACCGAAUCCUCUGUUUUGAGUUGGUCGCCAAGGCUGGUGACCGAUGGACUCUGACAUACGUCAAGCCGUCGAAGGCUGAAACCGACGUGCCUGAAUCUGCUGCCGAAUUGAUUGGGCAGCGUCGCCGUUGGCUCAAUGGUUCGUUUGCUGCUUCGGUUUACGCCCUCGUCGGCUUUUUCCAGUUGUAUCGUUCUGGCCAUGGAAUCAUCCGGAUGUUCUUCUUCCACAUCCAGGCACUGUAUAACAUCUUUUCGUUAAUCUUUUCCUGGUUCGCUUUGGCCAACAUCUGGUUGACGUUCAGUAUUAUCAUCGAUCUCUUGCCAUCCCAGAACAUCAUCAUCUUCGGGACUGCAACAAUCACACAUUGGGUAAAUCUGGCAUUGAAAUGGAUAUAUCUUGCCUUCCUUGCAUUGCAGUUUGUCCUUGCUCUUGGCAAUAGGCCCAAGGGAGAGCGAACUGCCUACUCAAUAACCUUAUGUGCAAGGGUGUAUGCAGUACUUGCAGUGUACUUGCUGAUAUGCUCAUUCUGGUUGACCAUAGUGGCCUUUGCAAACAUACCCUCCGAGUUGCAAAACAAGACGACCACCGAAGUCAUUUUAACGUUCUUUACUCCUCCUGUCGGCGCUCUUAUCGCUGCCAUGGUAUCUACCUUUGGUAUAUAUUUCAUCGCGUCAUUCCUUUAUCGCGAUCCUUGGCACAUGUUCUCGAGUUUCUUCCAGUACUUGUGCUUGGCCCCAAGUUUCACAAACGUACUUAACGUCUAUGCCUUCUGUAACUUGCAUGACGUCUCGUGGGGUACCAAAGGUAGUGACAAGGCGGAAGCACUUCCAUCGGUUUCCUCGUCAAAGGCCAAAGAUGCCGACGCUCCUGUUGUGGAAGAUAUCCAUCGUAUCCAAGAGGACGUUGACGCUGCGUUCAAGGAGACAGUUACCCGUGCCGUGACCAAGAUUGAAGUCCAGGAAGUUGUCGAGAAACCGACGAUGGACGAUCAAAAUAAGACUUUCCGUACUCGCCUUGUCGCGUUUUGGAUGCUUACCAAUGCUGGCCUUGCUGUUACCAUCGAGAACAUUAAUGGUCUGGAAACCGCAGAAAAUGCUGUCGAGGACCAGAAUGAGCUCCGCAACAAGCAAAACAUUUAUUUCGCCGUCAUUUUGUAUUCGACCUUUGCUCUUGCCGCUGUGCGGUUCAUGGGGUGCUUGUGGUAUUGGUUUAAGCGCAACUUCUUUAGGUGCUGCAGGAGGAAUUAA